GCUAAAUGGGUGAAUGCCAACGUUCCGCUCCUCGGUGGAUUUUCCAUCACCGAUGUCAAAUCUAGCCGAAAACGAGUUACAAUGGUUGAUAUUCGGCCGAGGAAGCAGCGCGAAACCAAACUCAACGGCAUAAAGUGAAUUAAUAUAACUGUUGCUCAGCCCGACGUUUUGUGGGAGAACCUUGGGAGGGAGAUGGCGUGGAAGGACCGCCUGGAAGCGGUGCUGAACGUGGGGCUGCGCGUGCCCAGCAUCAUGCUGCUGGAGGUGCUGUACCGGUGGGACGUCAGCUCCUUCUUCCAGAAGAUCCAGCGCAGCAGCCUCAACAACAACCCCCUCUUCCAGUACAAGUACCUGGCCCUCUACCUGCACUACGUGGGCUACAUCCUCAGCCUGGUGUUGCUGACUCUCCCACGGCAGCACCUGGUACAGCUCUACCUGUACGUUCUCACCGCCCUGCUGCUCUUUGCUGGUCACCAGGUCUCCAGGGAUUAUGUUCGCGGCGAGCUGGACUCGGGCUACGAGGGACCUCUCUAUCUGGAGCCGCUAUCCAUGAACCGCUUCACCACAGCACUCAUAGGCCAGCUGGUGGUGUGCACGCUGUGCUCGUGCGUCAUGCAGACCAAGCAGAUCUGGCUGUUCUCGGCGCACCUGCUGCCCCUGGUGGCGCGCCUCUGCCUGGUGCCGCUGGACACCAUCGUCUUCGUCAACCGCUUCGCCAUGAUCUUCACCGGCCUGGAGGUGCUCUACUUCCUGGCCUCCAACCUGCUGGUGCCCUACAAGCUGGCCAAGACGGCCUACCGCGAGCUCGUCCAGGUGGUGGAGGUGUACGGCCUGCUGGCUCUGGGCAUGUCCCUGUGGAACCAGCUGGUGCUGCCGGUGCUCUUCAUGUGCUUCUGGCUGGUGCUGUUCGCCUUGCAGAUCUACACCUACUUCAGCACGCGCGACCAACCCACCUCCCGCGAGCGACUGCUCUUCCUUUUCCUCACCAGUAUUGCAGAGUGCUGUAGCACCCCCUACUCUCUGCUGGGGCUGGUCUUCACUGUGUCGUUUGUGGCGCUGGGCGUCCUCACACUCUGCAAGUUCUACCUGCAAGGCUACCGAGCCUUCAUGCACGACAACACCAUGCACCGGGGCAUGACGGAGGGCAUCACGCUGCUGAUCUUGGCCGUGCAGACGGGCCUGAUCGAGCUGCAGGUCAUCCACCGGGCCUUCCUGCUCAGCAUCAUCCUCUUCAUCGUGGUGGCCUCCAUCCUGCAGUCCAUGCUGGAGAUCGCCGACCCCAUAGUGCUGGCACUGGGGGCGUCCAGAGACAAGAGUUUGUGGAAGCACUUCCGUGCGGUGAGCCUGUGUCUGUUCCUGCUGGUGUUCCCGGCCUACAUGGCCUACAUGAUCUGCCAGUUCUUCACCAUGGACUUCUGGCUGCUCAUCAUCAUCUCCUCCAGUAUCCUCACCUCACUCCAGGUCCUGGGCACGCUCCUCAUCUACAUCCUCUUCAUGGUGGAGGAGGUGCGCAAGGCGCCGGUGGAGAACAUGGACGACGUCAUCUACUGGGUGAACGGCACCUACCGGCUGCUGGAGUUCGUGCUGGCGCUGUGCGUGGUGGCGUACGGCGUGUCGGAGACGCUGUUCGGCGAGUGGACGGUGAUGGGCUCCACCAUCAUCUUCGUGCACUCGUACUACAACGUGUGGCUGCGCGCGCAGCUGGGCUGGCAGAGCUUCCUGCUGCGCCGCGACGCCGUCCACAAGAUCCAGAGCCUGCCCACCGCCUCCGCCCAGCAGCUGCUGCUGCACAACGACAUCUGCGCCAUCUGCUACCAGGAUAUGACAUCAGCAGUCAUCACCCCCUGUAGCCACUUCUUCCACGCCGGCUGCUUGAAGAAGUGGCUCUACGUGCAGGAGACCUGCCCCCUCUGCCACAGCCAACUCAAGAGCCAAUCACAGCCUGCCAACCCCGCCCAUAGCGACGCACCAGCCAAUCACAAUCUCGCAGAGGUGGGCCAAGGCGAACCCUCACCUGCGGCUCCGGAAGGGGUGGGACCUGCCAUCGAGGCAGCCGGACCAGAGCCAGAAUCGCCAGUCGGACAAGCGUCCGCCUCCACCUCCACCUCCACCUCCACCUCCACCUCCACCUCCACCUCCACCGCCACCACCACCACCACCACCGCCGCCGCUACGCCCACCCUCAGCCCCACGCUCCCCAGGGUGGGAGAAUGUCAGGAAAGCAGCUCGCGUGCCGAGCCCGGUGGAGAUGACGCUCCAUCGCCCGUUGAGGACCAGAAGUGCCAGGGUACCAUUCAGCCCCUUGCCAUGUCUGCAGGCAUCUCUGCCUGAGCUGAAGGCAUUGGUGGCCACCCCCCCCCCCCCCCCCCCCCACCAACACCAACGCCACCACCACCCACUCUUGUGAACUUUCUCCCGAUUAUCCUACGCAACCGUGUUGUGGCCAACGACGGAUGACUCCUCUUAACUGCAGAUGCUGGUUCCAAACCGUUUUACCAUUUCAAUCCCUGCAAUGCAUACACACACUGACACUUGCCCAGGUGCACACAGAUGCGUCAAUGGGAACACACACACACACACACACACACACACACACACACACACACACACACACACACACACACACACACACACACUCCUACCUGUGCAUGCAGACAGACAACACACUCACACUGAUAACUCUCCUUAACACACCAGUAAAGACAUCAAUCAGCCCAUUCAUUUUUUUUCUGUCUCAUUGAUUUAAAUCGGACUACACUCAAAUUUUCUUUCUUUCUUUUUUUUUCUCUUCAUGAGAACAAUUGUGGACAUAUUUGAUAAAGACACUGGCAUUGGGGAAAAAGUGCCAAAAGAAGACGACAUGCCAUAAUCUUUCUAAUAAUUUGAUGCUGACCAUACCUCUGUCCCAUGCAAUUUUUUCUUGUUGGAAAAUCAUGCACCACUAAGCUGUGACGUUUUUGCAGCACUGAUUCAAUUUGGAAUCGCGAUGAAUUGUUUCAAGGCUGUUGUGCUGUUCUGCUGCCUGUCUUCGUCCCCUGAAUGUCACAUUUGCUUAACAGAAAAUGUUCUCCGGCUAUUUUUGUUAAUUUCCUGACGGUUCAUUUUAAUCGGGUUCUUCCUAACUGACAUCACACCAACACGAUACACUUCACUCACUGUUAAGCUCAGUAUGGUCCGAUAUCAAUGACUGUUACAAAUAGGAAGAGAAGAAGAGUCAGGUCACAGGAACGAGGGAGAUUGUCCAGAUGGGGCGGGGGGGAGGUUUUGAAAACAAGAAUACAGACAAACUUGCCGAGCAUUUGCUGUAGAGGCUGUAAGAUGUCUUAGGCUAGCACGCACCCUGUCGUCUUGUCGCUACAAGUAUGGAUUCUCCACUCACCAGUACGUAGCCUUUUGUGUCCCAGUUAUUUCUUUCUCCUUUGUUCACUGGAGAUGCUCGAAAAACGUCGCCUCGUCAGGUACCAAAUAAUUGUGUUUGAGGAAGACACCCUUAUAUAAGUGUGUGUGUAUAUAUGUGCAUAUAUAUAUUAUAUAUUAUAUAAAUAUCUGUAUCUCCGAAAUCUGAAAAGUUUUUGAUAUGCCGCACAGUGUUCAAGGCUGCAUCUGCAUAUAUGAUGUGACCAGUAAGCUUGCGUGAACAACUUCAAUGCCCUUUCAAAGGUAGAAGUGGGAUUAAGCUGAAGGUCACGGAUUGCAUGAUGCUAGCGUAGCUAACAAGUUCCGAUUUUCAACCUUAGUUAACAGUAUUACUUUGUAUGUUUAAGUAUUGUGGCAAUUCUCGACUGUGCUAAGCAUGAACACACAGUGUGACUGUGUGGGACCCCACAGAUUGAGUGCCAUGUCUUACUUUUAUUUGUAGUGACUUGAUUGCUUUUGCACAUUCUUCUUGAGGAAAAGGAGAAAUGGUAGGCAGCAGUGGCUCGGAACACCCUCACUAGUCUUAAUCCAACUUUUUUCUUUUUUUUUCUUUUCUUUUUUUUUAUUAUUUUUUUUUUUUAAGGGAAAAUAAGUAUGUCCUUGAGGAUGUGCUACAUUGGUUUUGAUUUCCAUAUAUUUUUUAUUUAUUUUUUUGCAUCUUUUUUUUUUUAAGCCACAGUGAGUAGUACUUUGGUCUGCUACAGAAAGAUGGUUGCAUCGAGAGAGGAAAAAAACUCCAUCUGGAGAUGAUCCUUUUGUUAUUUUACAGAACUGAAUGUCAAAUAAAAAUUGGACUGGUUUUAACAAGAA